UGUGUCCGAGCUGGGGGGGGCUGCGGGGUCCUGUGCCCGCCCCGCCGCAGGCAGGGCAGCCGGAACGCUACUUUGGACAUGGAGGGCUCCGAGGAGCUGGAGAGCAGCCUCCUGACACAGCCCUGGGCUUCUGUUUGCUUUGGCGAGUCCACUUUUCUUGCCAAAGCAUCCUUCAGGGAUACUGGCUACAUCCUGCUGAUCUCUGACCUCAGCAGCAUCUGGUACGAGAGUGCAAAUGCUGAGGCCGUGGGACAAAGGUCCAAGGAGCUGAACAAGCGGCUGACGGUCCACGUGUCCUCUUUCCUGCACCACUUGUACAACCUGAUGUGCCCCUUGCUGGCAGGGCAGCAGGACGCUGCCACCUCCUUCUCCUGCCACCACACUGCCAGCAGCCUCAGCCUGCACGUGAAGAGCGAGCUCUCGGGACUGCCCUUCUACUGGGACUUCCACUGCUGCCCUGCUCCCCUGGAGAUGGUGUCCCGUCACCUUGUGCGGCCCCUCAUUCGGAUGAGCCUGGCGCUGCAGUGCCAGGUGCAAGAGCUGACCUCCCUGCUGCUCCAGAAGGAUGCUGAGAUUGAAGACUACAGGGAGAGCGGGGCUGCUCUCAGCAGAGACCGCCUGCGGACAGAGCCCUUCCAGGAGGAGACAUUUCAGCAGCACUUCAUGCACGAGACCCUGCCCCAGGUGUUCGGGGCAGGAGAGGGACAGAAGUUCACCUCUGCUCUGCGGCAACUCUACGUGGCAGUGACACAGCAGGAGGCCAAGCAGGUUCGGAAACGGCAGCACUCAGAGGACACUGAGGGCCCAGCACCCACUGCAGAAACCACAGGACACUCCUGUCUGCUGUCUCCAUCCCAGGAAGAUGGAAGAACGUCUUCCAUUGAGGGAACCAUGCCAGUCUCCUCCCCAGCUCAGAAGCCCCGGCUGCCUGUGGCCAAGGUCAAGCCGAAGAAGGCAAAGGGGCUCUUCAGCUGAAAGGACACUACCACCCACCCCAAGGGUCUCUGCUCCUCUGGCAUCCAAAAGAAGCAGUUCAGAACACUUGUUCAUCCUCUGCCUCCCCAUCUGCAUCUCCGGUAGACCCUGGACUGGACAUGGUUUCCUCCAGAAGUGACUCCAGCUGGGGUGAUGGGGCAUCUUGAAUGGUGGCUCAGGAACCUCUUUUCUGCCUCUUCCCUGGUGUAGAGCUUGCCCAGGGUGCCCCAUGAUGGAGCUAGUGUGGGACCUGGAGGGUGUGGGAGGGAUUCUGCCAGGUGGGUGCAGGACAACAGGGACUCUAGAGGGCCAUGGGGUUUGGCUGCUCUCAUGUGUGUUUGCAAUAAAGAGCUGUGUCUGGA